AUGGAAGUUAAGAUUAUACGUAGACUUCGUAAAAUUAAACAAAAACGAAAUUGGAAAAACGUUUUAACAGUGAAUGUUGGAAACACGCAGUACGGAAAAGAGGGAUUAGUUAUGAACCUUACUCGAGCUGUUAAAAAAGGUUCACAUAGGCACGUUGAUUUGUUAGGCACGUACGCAAUUCGUUUCCGUUUAACAAGUCAAAAGUUGCCGCUAGCAUUUUUGGAUCUGUUAUACGAAUCGUUGAACAGGGCAGGAGUGACUAGCGAUAUUCUUAGAUAUAUUUCUACGAAUCGUGAAAUUUAUCGGGAAUAUCAGCAUUGGAA